UCUUUACAUUUGACAAUUAAUAAAAGCCUCUAAGUUAUAAUAGAUUUGAAAAUUAUUUGUUAAAAUACACUAAACUUAUCUUGUAUGCCGUUCUAUUGAUGCUUCCUUAAAUAAACAAACUGAAGCAUUUCUAUUGUCUGUUUUUCCACAUACACUAUGAGCUUCUCAAGGACACAGGACCUAUCUCCAAAACUUGCAUGGUGUGAGACACAUAACAAGUGCUAAGUAAGUAAAUAAGUUAUGAAUAACUUGUGUUAAUAAGGAGGUAGCAAUUUGUUGACUGACCUUCAUGUUUCUUUUAAGUGACAAUUUAGCAUAAUGCAGGGUGCUUUGGAAUCGUAAGGCCUAGUUUUGUAAGCAUCCUUACGUGUAUGCUUAGAUGAGUAAACUUCUCUAAACCUCAUUUCCUUCAUCUUUAAAAUAAAGUAAGAUUAUAGAUGUAAAGUAUUUAGCAAAAUGUCUGACACAUAGUGUAAGUGUUCCAUAAAUAGUAAAUAUUAUUAUAAGAUUCAUGCACUCAAUUUUUUCUCUCUGUGUUUUUUCUGUUGUCACUUAUAGUGACACAGAAUACUGGUAUUUAGGAGAACAGAUAAUUGGCCUUUUCUAUAAUUGCACCAAAUCAAAAAGUGAAAAAUGUAUAGCUGGUAGGCUAUUUGCUUACUGAAACUAAGCUUCAUGAACUACUAAUUAUUGAUAAUUAAGUGGGUAAUUAUGACCCUUAUCAUUGCAAUGAAUAUGUUUCCUUCCUUUAUAAGUCAGCUUUUAAAAAAAUAAAAGAAAUAGUUUUUAUGAAUAAAUUUUUAUGGUUUUUUAAAAAACAAAAUAAUCUUGGGGCACCUGGGUGGUUCAGGUGGUUAAGCAUCUGACUCUUGAUUUCAACUCAGGUCAUGAUCUCCCGUUUUGUGAGUUCGAGCCCCACGUAGGGCUCUGUGCUGACAGCGGGGAGUCUGCUUGAGAUUCUCUCUCUCUCCUCCUUUCUCUCUGCCCCCUCCCCUGUUUGCAUGCUCUCUCUCUCUCUCUUUCUCUCUCUCUUUCUCUGAAAAUGAAUAAAUAAACUUUAAAACAAAACAAAAAACCAAAGUAAUUUUGCAAUGUAUCUUUUAUAUAAAAAUAUUUGAUGUAUGAGGUUUGCUUGAAUUGAGGGGGGUGGGUUUAUUUAAUGUAAACAUUACAUGGGGGGAUGGAAAAAGUAGAAGAUCAAGUUUAUAUUUUUGAUUUUUGAGCUUUUCUAAGUAAACCUAGUCAUUUUAAACACUUCUGUGUCACUCUUUACCUAUAUAGUGAGAGGUACUAUAACUUUAAGUAAAACUGACUAAUGCAUUUUUCUGAGGAUCUUUAUAAAAGUAAAGUAUGUAAAGUAACAAAAUUCUGAGGUUUCAAAUCUGACUUUAAAAUUUAUUUUAAUUCCAUAUUACUUACAGUUAUGAGUUGCUUGCAAAACCGUAUCAACACUCCCUGAAACAAAGCAAAAAAUGCCAGCAAGCAAACAAAAAAUCCUUUAAGGCCUUUUUAUUCUACGUUAAAAAAUAUAUACACUUCAGUCCUCUCAAAAAGCAGAAUAUCCACAAAUUCGUGAUCUUUUUUCUUAUAAACCAUAGACACUGGCCAGAGUCAGGGACUUCAUAGAAUACUAUUUGGAAUGUAGUACUGGGAAUAUAAGACAUUUGAUUGGAAAGGUUAUGAAACAUAGGGCCUUCUGCACUUGAAAUCCUUUGAUUGAUUUGGUGGAUUUACAUGUUUUUCAGAGUACUUAAAAGGAUAGCACUCAAUAUGUAAUGAGGGUUCUUAGGAGUCCAUUUAGAAAUUUGCCUAUAAAAAUGAAAUCAGGUGGCAGUUUUAUGUAAGGCAACCUGACAAUCAGUACUCCAACUACAUAAUUUAGUGAGUGGGAUUUAUGUAAUAAGAAUGUUAUUUUCAUCUCUUAAGUGACUAUUUAUAUUUUCUCACUUGCUCCUAGAAAGUGAGAUUGGGAAGCAAGCAAUUUCCAUUGGAACAGUUGUGUGGUGCCCAAGAUGCCAAAGCAGAUCAUUGAUAAUUUGGUAUCUGAAUGUGAUCUUAACUCUUUUUUCCUGCCAUGUUAGGUAAUUUUCACCAGAUUAUUUUACAGGCUCCUUAAUUCAAGUUGAGAUUUUAGAAAUCUUAGUCUGUAGUUCUCAAGAUGUAUGUCUGAAAUCGAACUGCUCACUGACAUGUAUAAGAUACGUUUGAUUUAGAAGAACUCGAGGAUUGGAUCAAAGAAGGAGUAAUUAUUCCAAGUUUGAGAUCUUUGUGUGUAUAGGUUACAAAGUCUUGUGAUUGGACGGGAAGUAAACAUAAUAUAUUUUCCUGAAUUGUGAUUGGCUAAAAACCUUUUCUUUCCACAGUAUUUUCCAAUAACUGAAUACAGAGCCUUUCCCAGUUUUUAUUGUAUGACUAGUGAGUUUGAGGUAUGUGCUGGUACUGAAAGGACUCAAAUUGGCACAGAGACUGUAAAUAUUAGGGGCAGUGACAGAAGCCCUCCACGGGGCGUUUGGCAUUCUUACAACAAAGCUGUAGCGAGGUGUAAAUCUCUGAAUAGUUCAAACAUGUAAUUAGUGUCGUUGCAGACGGGAAGGAUGAAAGGAUGACAGUGUUUUCUUAAUUUUUUGUUUAGAAUUGUGGACUGUUCUGCAGUGACUGUUUUCAGUGGAAAGUGUUGCUCUGCUUUGCCGCUGUCACUACUGGACUGCUGUUUCGGGCGAAAUUCGGGCUAACUCAGGCAGCAGGCGGCAUGUGUUCCGGAAAACAGCGCUCUGGAGAUGCGGCAUUUAACCUGGGGUUUAUUUUGUGACCCAGAGUGGAACCGGCACGCCUCACUUUUGGGUCACCUACCCCCUCCAUUCUGCGGGAGCGGCUUUAGAGAGGUGAACCUCAAACGUUCUUCCUAGUGCCACGGAAGGGGAGCAUUCUUUCUACCUCCGCUCUCUUUACUUCUUACACUGGCUCGUCCCGCGGCCUCCGCGCCGCAGCGUCGUGGGGCACUACUUUCCGAGUGGGGUUGUUCCUCCGACCCUCUCCCGCGGCUCCCUGCCCGCGCCGGCGGAAGGAGACGCGGCGCUCGUAGCCUGCGAGUGGAGGGGGAGGCGGAGUAGUGCUGUCCACGACGAGGUGGCGGCAGUGACCGGGGCUGCCUGACGGCGACUGGUGUGGGGAUUUCUGUCAGUGUGUGUGUGUGUGUGUGUGUGUGUGUGUGUGUGUGUGUGUGUGCGCGCGCGCGCGCGUGUAUGCGCGUGUGUGUGCGCGCGUGCGCGCGCGACUACAGUCAGAGGCUGCGAGUCGGGAGUCCAGGGGAGUGUUGAGGACUGCCACAGACCGAGGUCGCUGUGCCCUUCUGGGCAGAGCGUCCGGUGCGCCCCCGAAUCGACGCUCGCUUGCUCGCGGGGCUGCCGCCGUCCCCCAGUCCUCUCUCCUCCUCAGCAUGGGCGGCCGGUAGGAGCGGGGUUUCACCGAUUACCUCGCAGUGGAGGAGGCAGCAGCCGCUUCGGCAGUGAUGGCUAUGGCGGUGGAGACGCGGCUGGAACUGGUGGGGAAGCGGUUCUUGUGCGUGGCGGUCGGCGAAGAGGCUCGGCCAGAGCACGGGGAGAGUGGACGCUGUUGGCGGGGCUGGCGAGCAGGGGUCAUCCGAGCUGUGUCACACAGGGACAGCCGAAACCCGGACCUGGCUUUCUACUCAAUUCUCCUUGGUGGAGAAGAUGGAUGCAAAAGAGGAGGUGUGUAUGUGGAAUUUGAUGAUCUUGAAUGGGAUAAACGAGAGUGGGUUAAAGUUUAUGAAGAUUUUUCAACUUUCUUGGUGGAAUACCACUUAAUCUGGGCCAGAAGGAUCGACCCUAGCCAGACUCAGGGAUCAAAGAGCAAACAAAUUCAGUGGCCUGCAUUGACUUUCAAACCCCUGGUCGAAAAAAGUAUACCCAGUUCAAUCACUGCGGUAGAAUUCCUUGUAGAUAAACAACUGGAUUUUUUAACUGAAGAUAGUGCCUUUCAACCCUACCAGGACGACAUAGACAGCCUAAACCCAGUUCUCAGGGACAACCCGCAACUUCAGGAAGAAGUGAAAGUCUGGGUAAAGGAACAAAAGGUUCAGGAGAUUUUUAUGCAAGGUCCUUAUUCAUUAAAUGGAUACAGAGUGAGAGUAUAUAGACAAGACUCUGCCACCCAGUGGUUUACUGGCAUAAUUACUCAUCAUGAUCUCUUCACUCGCACCAUGAUCGUUAUGAAUGAUCAGGUACUAGAACCACAGAAUGUCGAUCCUUCUAUGGUUCAAAUGACCUUUCUAGAUGAUGUUGUUCACUCUUUGUUAAAAGGUGAAAAUAUUGGCAUCACAUCACGGCGAAGGUCUCGCGCCAGUCAAAAUAGCAACGCUGUUCACGGUCAUUAUACACGUGCCCAAGCAAAUAGUCCCAGACCAGCAAUGAACUCCCAAGCUGCUGUACCAAAACAGAAUACACACCAGCAACAGCAACAAAGAAAUAUUCGUCCAAGUAAGAGGAAGGGCUCAGAUAGCAGUAUACCAGAUGAAGAGAAAAUGAAGGAGGAAAAGUAUGAGUAUAUAGCACGAGGAGAAAAUGCUAAAGGGAAAAACAAACAGUUGAUGAAUAAAAGAAGGAAACCUGAGGAAGAUGAAAAGAAACUAAAUAUGAAAAGACUACGAACCGACAAUGUUUCAGACUUUUCUGAGAGCAGUGACUCAGAAAAUUCAAAUAAGAGAAUAAUAAACAAUUCCUCAGAGCAGAAGCCAGAGAAUGAGUUGAAAAAUAAAAACACUUCAAAGGUAAAUGGAGAAGAAGGAAAAUCCCAGAAUAAUGAGAAGGUAGGAGAAGAGGCACUAAUAAUAGACAGCCAGCCUCCCUGGGAUCAAAUACAGGAAGAUAAAAAACAUGAAGAAGCAGAGAAGCAGAAGUCUGUUGACACUCAGCUUCAAGACACAAUGAUUAUUCGUUCAUCAGAGCAGGCCACACUUUCUGAUCAUAAUCCUAACGAUUUACUUCUUCAAGAAUGCAAUAUGGAAAAAACACAUACAGUGGAAUCAUUACCAAAGGAGAAAUUUGUGUCCAGACCACCCACACCAAAAUGUGUUAUUGAUAUUACGAAUGACACUAAUUCAGAAAAGGUGGCUCAGGAAACCUCCAGUACCUUUGGCCUUCAAACACUUCAGAAAAUGGAUCCUAAUGUUAGUGAUUCAAAACAUUCUAUUGCAAAUGCAAAAUACUUGGAAACAGCAAAACAAGAUUCCGACCAGAGCUGGGUCAGUGAUGUAGUUAAAGUAGAUUUAACCCAAUCAAAUGUUAGGAGUGCUUCCUCAGGAAAUGAUCACCUGAAUAUGGAAAAAGAGAAAAACCAGUAUGUCUCUUAUAUGUCUUCUCUGAGUGCAGUUUCUGUCACAGAAGAUAAGCUGCAUAAGCGAAGCCCACCCCCAGAGACAGUAAAAUCUAAACUUAAUACUUCAGUAGAUAUUCACAAGACAAAAUCAAAUCCCUCACCUGAAGUUCUUAAACCUAAAAUUACCCAUUCUCCUGAUUCUGUAAAGUCUAAGGCCAAUUAUGUGAACAGCCAAGCUGCUGGUGAGAGAAGACUGGCAAACAAGAUAGAACAUGAGUUAUCAAGAUGCAAUUUUCAUUCAGUUCCUACUCGAGGCAGUACCUUAGAAGCUACAAAGAGCCCUCUUAUCAUUGAUAAAAAUGAGCAUUUCACAGUUUACAGAGAUCCUGCACUUGUUGGGUCAGAAACAGGAACUAAUCACAUUUCACCUUUCUUAAACCAGCAUCCCUUUCCUCUUCAUUCUUCAUCCCAUAGAACCUGUUUAAAUCCAGGUACCCAUCACCCUGCCUUAACUCCUGCACCUCACUUACUUGCGGGAUCAUCUAGUCAAACUCCAAUACCUACCAUUAACACUCACCCUCUGACUAGUGGUCCACACCAUUCUGUUCAUCACCCUCAUUUACUUCCUACUGUGUUACCUGGAGUGCCUGCUGCCUCCUUACUUGGUGGCCACCCACGACUAGAGACUGCUCACGCCAGCAGCUUGAGCCACUUAGCAUUAGCACACCAGCAACAGCAACAGUUAUUACAGCAUCAGUCCCCUCAUCUUCUUGGACAAGCCCAUCCUUCUGCUUCAUAUAAUCAGCUUGGACUUUAUCCAAUUAUUUGGCAAUAUCCAAAUGGAACACAUGCAUACUCAGGACUUGGUCUACCUUCCUCUAAGUGGGUUCACCCAGAAAAUGCAGUUAAUGCUGAAUCUUCUUUAAGGAGGAAUUCUCCCAGUCCCUGGUUACAUCAGCCCACCCCUGUGACCUCAGCAGAUGGUGUUGGAUUACUUAGUCACAUUCCUGUCAGACCUUCCAGUGCAGAGCCUCAUCGGUCUCUUAAAAUUACAGCACAUUCCAGUCCACCAUUGACAAAAAGUUUAAUAGAUCACCAUAAAGAAGAACUGGAGAGGAAAGCUUUCAUUGAACCAUUACGUUCUGUUGCAUCCACAUCAGCAAAAAAUGACCUAGAUCUGAAUAGGUCACAGACUGGAAAAGAUGGUCUAUUGCAUAGACAUUUUGUGGAUCCUGUAUUGAAUCAAUUACAGAGACAACCCCAGGAGACUGGAGAGAGAUUACACAAAUAUAAGGAGGAACACCGUCGAAUCCUUCAAGAAAGUAUUGAUGUUGCUCCCUUUACAACUAAAAUCAAGGGGCUUGAGGGUGAGAGAGAUAGUUAUUCCAGAGUAGCAUUGUCAUCUUCUAGCCCUAAAAGCCAUGUCAUUGUCAAACAAGACAAGGAUGUAGAAUGUUCAGUAUCUGAUCUUUAUAAAAUGAAGCACUCAGUGCCUCAGAGUUUGCCCCAAAGUAACUAUUUCACUACAUUGUCUAAUAGUGUGGUCAAUGAACCACCAAGGUCCUAUCCAUCCAAAGAGGUUUCACAUAUUUACACUGAAAAACAGAGUAAUACCCUUGCUGCAACAGCUAAUCCUCAAACUCUGACUUCAUUUAUAUCCUCUCUUUCAAAGCCUCCACCCUUAAUUAAACACCAACCAGAAAGUGAAGGUUUAGUAGGCAAGAUACCAGAACAUCUUCCCCAUCAAAUUGCUUCUCACUCGGUAACAACCUUCAGAAAUGAUUGUAGGAGUCCUACCCAUUUGACAGUUUCUUCUACAAAUGCACUCCGGAGCAUGCCUGCUUUACAUAGAGCACCAGUAUUUCACCCACCAAUCCAUCACAGCCUGGAAAGAAAGGAAAGCAACUAUAGUAGUCUUUCCCCUCCAACUUUAACCCCAGUGAUGCCUGUAAAUGCUGGUGGGAAAGUUCAAGAAUCACAAAAGCCUCCAACUCUAAUUCCAGAGCCAAAAGACUCUCAGGCCAAUUUUAAGAGUUCUUCUGAACAGAGUUUGUCAGAAAUGUGGAAAUCUAAUAAUAACCUCAGCAAAGAGAAAGCUGAAUGGCAUGUGGAGAAAAGCAGUGGAAAGUCACAGGCUGCUAUGGCAUCUGUCAUUGUUCGUCCACCAUCUAGUACAAAACUUGAGAGUGUGCCAGCAAUGCAGUUAGCUUCCAAAGAUCGAGUUAGUGAAAGAUCUUCAACUGGGGCAAAUCAAACAGAUUGUCUCAAACCAGCAGAAGCUGGGGAGACUGGAAGAAUCAUUCUGCCAAGUGUGAAUUCAGACAGUGCUCACAUAAAAUCUGAAAAAAAUGUCCAGGCUGUCUCACAGGGCAGUGUUCCCAGUUCAGUCAUGUCUGCCGUAAAUACAGUGUGUAAUACCAAAACGGAUGUAUUCACAUCUGCUGCCACUACCACCAGUGUUUCCAGCUGGGGGGGUUCAGAAAUAAUUUACUCUUUAUCGAAUACCAUUUUGGCCUCUAAAUCCUUAGAAUGUACCUCUUCAAAAAGUGUCAGUCAUUCAGUGGCUCAGAUACAAGAAUGCAGGGUCAGCACCACAGCUCCAGUUACACCAGCCAGUAGUAAGACAGGAAGUGCUGUUCAGCCCAGCUCUGGGUUCUCAGGCACAACUGAUUUUAUCCAUUUAAAAAAGCACAAGGCAGCAUUGGCUGCAGCUCAGUAUAAAAGUAGUAAUGUCAGUGAGACUGAGCCUAAUGCUGUGAAAAAUCAGACAUCUUCAGCCUCCCUUCUCUCGGAUAGCACUGUAGCCUGUAGUACAAUAAACAAAGCAAACUCUGUAGGAAAUGGGCAAGCAUCCCAGACAAGUCAACCUAACUACCAUACUAAACUGAAAAAGGCCUGGCUUACUAGACACUCAGAGGAAGAUAAAAAUACUAAUAAAAUGGAAAAUUCAGGGAAUUCUGUAUCAGAAAUUAUCAAGCCAUGUUCUGUCAAUUUAAUAGCCUCUACAUCUAAUGACAUACAAAAUAGUGUAGAUAGUAAGAUGAUAGUUGAUAAAUACAUAAAAGAUGAUAAAGUCACUAGGAGAAAAGCCAAAAGAACUUACGAAUCUGGCUCUGAAAGUGGAGACUCAGAUGAAAGUGAAAGCAAGUCAGAGCAAAGGACUAAGAGGCAACCUAAGCCAACUUACAAAAAGAAGCAAAAUGACUUGCAGAAGAGAAAAGGUGAAAUAGAAGAAGAUUUAAAACCCAAUGGGGUUCUCAGCAGGAGUGCCAAAGAAAAAAGUAAAUUGAAAUUGCAGAGCAACAGUAAUAGUGCUGGCAUCCCUCGUUCGGUAUUAAAAGAUUGGCGUAAAGUCAAGAAGCUGAAGCAAACUGGGGAAUCCUUUUUACAGGAUGACUCCUGCUGUGAGAUAGGGCCUAAUUUGCAAAAGUGCCGAGAAUGUAGACUUAUUCGGAGUAAAAAAGGAGAAGAACCAACCCACUCCCCGGUGUUUUGUAGAUUUUACUACUUUAGACGAUUGUCAUUUAGUAAAAAUGGAGUGGUUAGAAUAGAUGGUUUCUCUUCUCCUGACCAAUAUGACGAUGAAGCUAUGAGCUUAUGGACACAUGAAAAUUAUGAAGAUGAUGAACUAGACGUAGAAACUUCAAAAUACAUCUUGGAUAUAAUAGGUGAUAAGUUCUGUCAGUUAGUAACAUCUGAAAAAACAGCUUUGUCCUGGGUGAAAAAGGAUGCCAAAAUCGCCUGGAAAAGAGCAGUGAGAGGAGUCCGGGAAAUGUGUGAUGCAUGUGAAGCAACAUUGUUUAACAUUCAUUGGGUCUGCCAGAAAUGUGGAUUUGUGGUCUGCUUAGAUUGCUACAAGGCAAAGGAAAGGAAGAGUUCUAGAGAUAAAGAACUGUAUGCUUGGAUGAAGUGUGUGAAGGGACAGCCUCAUGAUCACAAACAUUUAAUGCCAACUCAAAUUAUACCCGGUUCUGUUUUGACAGAUCUUCUAGAUGCGAUGCACACUCUUAGAGAAAAAUAUGGUAUUAAAUCCCAUUGUCAUUGUACUAACAAACAGAAUAUACAGGUUGGAAAUUUUCCUGCAGUGAAUGGUGUAUCUCAAGUUUUACAGAAUGUUCUUAAUCACAGUAAUAAAAUUUCUCUGUGCAUGCCUGAGUCUCAGCAGCAGAAUAACCCUCAGAAGUCUGAGAGUAAUGGCAACAGCAGCCCAGGGAGUGACGUAAGCACAGACAGCAAGUUAACUCCUCCAGAAUCCCAGUCACCACUGCACUGGUUAGCAGAUCUUGCAGAGCAAAAGUCCAGAGAGGAAAAAAAAGAAAACAAAGAAUUUGCCCUUGAAAAUCAAAUUAAAGAAGAGAGAGAACACGACAAUCCUGAUUCUCCAAAUAGCAGAACAUCACCUCCUGUGUCCCAGAAUAAUGAACAAGGCUCAACCUUACGAGAUUUACUGACCACAACAGCUGGCAAGCUCCGUGUGGGUUCUACAGAUGCUGGCAUUGCCUUUGCCCCAGUGUAUUCGAUGGGAACCCCAAGUGGUAAAAGUGGAAGAACUAUGCCAAACAUUCUUGAUGACAUAAUUGCUUCAGUUGUUGAAAACAAAAUUCCACCAAAUAAAGCCUCUAAGAUAAAUGUAAAACCAGAGCUGAAAGAAGAGCCUAAAGAGUGCAGAAAUUCGUCCACGGAGGAAAACAGUAUGUUGUACAAUGACGUGCCACAUUCUUGGAUCUGCGAGAAGCAUAUUCUGUGGCUUCAGGAUUAUAAAAAUAUUAAUAAUUGGAAGCUUUUCAGAGAGUGUUGGAAACAUGGACAACCUGCAGUGGUUUCUGGUGUGCAUAAGAAAAUGAACAUUAGCUUGUGGAAGGCGGAGUCAAUUAGUCUUGAUUUUGGAGACCACCAAGCUGAUCUCUUGAACUGCAAAGACAGCAUUAUUUCAAAUGCCAAUGUUAAGGAAUUCUGGGAUGGUUUUGAAGAAGUUUCAAAACGGCAAAAAAUGAAAAGUGGAGAAACAGUUGUUUUAAAAUUGAAAGAUUGCCCUUCAGGAGAAGACUUCAAGACUAUGAUGCCAGCAAGAUAUGAAGAUCUUUUAAAAAGCCUGCCAUUGCCGGAAUAUUGUAAUCCAGAAGGAAAAUUCAACUUGGCCUCUCAUUUGCCAGGAUUUUUUGUGCGCCCUGAUCUAGGACCCAGGUUGUGCAGUGCCUAUGGUGUAGCUGCUGCUAAAGAUCAUGACAUAGGAACAACAAAUCUCCAUGUUGAAGUCUCUGAUGUUGUAAACAUUCUAGUCUAUGUUGGCAUAGCAAAAGGAAAUGGCAUUCUUUCAAAAGCAGGAGUACUCAAGAAAUUUGAGGAAGAAGAUUUGGAUGAUGUUUUAAGAAAACGAUUGAAGGACUCAAGUGAGAUACCUGGUGCUCUGUGGCAUAUUUAUUCAGGGAAAGACAUUGACAAGAUAAGGGAAUUUCUUCAAAAGAUUUCAAAAGAACAAGGCCUUGAAGUUCUACCAGAACAUGAUCCAAUACGUGACCAAAGCUGGUAUGUGAACAGAAAGCUCCGCCAAAGACUGCUUGAGGAAUAUGGAGUCAGAACUUGCACUCUCAUUCAGUUCCUCGGUGAUGCCAUUGUGUUACCAGCAGGAGCACUUCAUCAGGUACAGAAUUUUCACAGCUGUAUUCAGGUAACUGAAGACUUUGUGUCUCCAGAACAUCUUGUACAGUCAUUUCAUUUAACACAGGAACUGAGACUUUUGAAGGAGGAAAUCAAUUACGAUGAUAAACUACAGGUUAAAAAUAUAUUGUAUCAUGCAGUUAAGGAAAUGGUGAGAGCUUUGAAGAUACAUGAAGACGAAGUAGAGGAUAUGGAAGAAAAUUAGGUGUGGUCCAGUUUGAUACUUUUAGGCCAUUGAACUGUAAUUACUUUCGAAUGAUGAUAAGUAUGCACAUUGACUUAAGCUUCAUAAAACCAUCAGUGCCAAGAAAUUCUCUUUUGUAGCAAUUACUUGUUACUGAUACCGCAGCAGUAUAGCAUAAGUCACAGUUCCUGUGAUGCAAUGUUAGUUAUGAAAACAAGCUAAAUUUAAAAAGCAGCACUUCAUAGCUGUUUUUGUAUUAUAGUGUAUAUGAUGUUUGUGAAAAUGCCAGAUUUAAAAUGAUGUAUUUAUUUUUGACAAAAAAAAACC